AUGACAGUCAAUGCCGGGGGAGAGGUAGCUCUGCCCUCCAAAAUCCCCUUCUGGCGUCUGGUCUUCGAUCAAAAAGUGAUCACCGACGAGGUCGCCCAAUAUUCAUACGAUGGCUCCGGCACCGAGGCCGACCCGUACGCCGUGAACUGGGUCCCACGCGACCCACGCAAUCCCAUGAACUUCAGCCCUUUCAAGAAAUGGUAUAUCACGAUCAUGGUCUCGUUCGUCACGCUGGCCGUCGCGCUAGUCUCGUCCGCAUACUCAGGUGGCAUGGCCCAGAUCAUCGAGGACUUUGGCGCUGAUCAGGAAGUGGUUAUUCUGGGCGUGUCGCUCUUCGUGCUUGGUUUUGCGAUUGGCCCGCUGAUCUGGGCACCGCUGAGCGAGAUAUUUGGCCGGCGCCACAUCUUCACGAUUACUUAUAUGUUUCUGACUGCGUUUAACGCGGGCGCAGCGGGCGCGAAGAACAUUCAGACACUGAUUAUCCUGCGAUUCUUGGCUGGCUGCUUCGGCUCCUCGCCGUUUGGGAAUGGUGGUGGCACGAUUGCCGAUAUGUUCCCAGCGUCCCAGCGUGGUAUUGCGAUUAGCUUCUUCGCCGCGGCGCCAUUCCUGGGCCCGACUAUCGGCCCGGUCAUUGGCGGGUUUCUCGCGACGGGGGCGGGCUGGCGGUGGGUAGAGGGCUUUCUGGCAGCGUUCGCUGGCGUACUCUGGAUCUGUGUGAUUGUUCUGCUGCCAGAAACUUACGCCCCUGUUCUUCUGCGCCGGCGCGCGGAGAAGCUAUCGGCCAUGACCGGUAAGGUGUACCGAAGCAAGCUGGAUAUCGAGCGCGGAACUGCACCCAUGGGAAAGACCCUGAAAACAGCGCUCUCGCGUCCAUGGAUUCUCUUGUUCCGCGAGCCGAUCGUGCUGCUGUUUUCGAUCUAUAUGGCCAUAAUCUAUGGCACCCUCUAUAUGCUCUUCGCCGCCUACCCAAUCGUCUUCCAAGAAGUGCGCGGCUGGAGCGAAGGCGUGGGCGGCCUCGCCUUUUUAGGAAUUAUGGUCGGUAUGAUCGCCGCCGUGCUCUACACCUUCCCCGAGAACAUGCGCUACGCCAAAAAGUGCAGCCAAACCACUGACCGACUCCCUCCCGAGGUGCGCCUACCUCCGAGUAUGGUCGGGGGCAUUGCGCUGCCUCUUGGUCUAUUCUGGUUUGCUUGGACCAACUCCCCUAGCAUCCACUGGAUGGUGUCGGUUGCAGCGGGGGCGCCAUUCGGAUUCGGCAUGGUGCUCGUGUUCCUGAGUGUGUUCAACUACCUCAUCGACUCGUAUACCAUCUUCGCUGCCUCGGUGCUGGCCGCCAACUCGGCGCUGCGCUCUUUAUUUGGUAUGGCGUUCCCGUUAUUUACAACGUAUAUGUACCGCAAUCUCGGCAUCCACUGGGCGUCGUCGAUCCCCGCGUUUUUGGCGGUAGCCUGCGUGCCAUUCCCGUUUAUUUUCUAUAAAUACGGCGCUCGCAUCCGCCAGCGCUGCACGUUCGCCGCUGAGGCCGAUGCGUUUAUGCGCCGGCUGGCGGAGAAGAACAAGGUCGAGACUCGCGGCGAGGAGAAACAAGACGACAAAGCCGAGAAGCUCGAUUCGGAGCCCAGUGCUUCGGACGACGACGACGAUGAUCAAGUCUCUUCCGACAGCGGGAGUCUUUCUCACAUGCCGCCCCGCAACACCAUCGCCCGGUAUGCGUCGCACGCUUCUCGCCAGUCGGGGCGGUCCAUGCAUCGCACCCCGACUGCGACGCAGUACGAGGAGAACCCGUAUGAUCUGGACUUGGUCAACACGCGGAAGUCGGCGAUAAGUGGCCGGAAGAAUUAG